CUCCAGAUGGCAGAUCCACGAAUUGAUGUUCUUGUAGAGCGGCUGCUCGAGAGCUGCACAAUUUUUCUUCGCUUCCUAUCAAAGAUGGCUAACAUUUUUCCAAGAACAUGCCCUCUCCAGCAGCACGACAGCGUCUUUGCCAUCAAGACAGCGUCUUCAAGUACUUGAAGAUUCCGAGCACGAUGUUGCUGACGAGGAUCUUCUUGUGCUGCCUCGUGUUGGGGCCAGGAUGGCGACGGCUCCAGCAAAACGAUUUUUUAGCCCUUUUCUCUUCAGAUGCGGGAAAAGAUAGUGAAUGCGAAACAAGCGUCCACACUAUUUUGGUGUCAGCAGCUCCAGCAGGUAACUACAAUAUGUGGUCAUGCCCACACUGCUACGAAGGAGGGAUGGCAGCAGAAGUGUCGGACCUGAGCUGUGAAGACCCAAGCUACGCUCCCAGCACCGGUGACGAUGUACCCUGGCGCACGCUGAAAACAGCACUCUUUCAGCUAGUCGAAGAUGCAGUGACAUCAGCAGCGACGUCGCAUGGAUUAGAAAAGUUGAUUCCAUAUUUUUAUGCGAGAACUUGCUUCCAUCGUUUAAGAUAUUCAAGUUGUGUAGCUACUUCAAUCGUUUUUGCAUGCAACCUACAGACCUGGUAUAACUUAUUUUUGAAAUGCAGCUCGAACACGAACUCGUGAAAAAGAAAUAAUUCAAUCAUUUGCAUUUUUGAUAGUAGCUCUCGCAGUCUCGCUAAAUGCAACCUGAUUUCAUACUGUAGACAUGGCCAUGCCACGAAGUCGCUGCUAUUUGGGACUGAUGUGCUUGAACUUCGUGAAAGUGUACCUGCAUCCACCAGAGGACCGAUUGGAGUACUUUCAGACUACCAAAAUGGGCGGAACCAGCUUCAAAAAGUUGAUACCACUGUCGUACUGGGAUGUGCUGAACUCUGGUUGGCCCUUGUUCUCGAUUUUGGACAUUCUGGGGCAGUUGGCUAGGUACGAAGCCAACGUGUUGAAGCUCCCAGCACCUAGAGGUUGGGGUAUAAGCGGACUGAGCAUGGACAUGGAAGGAUUUGAAGAUACGCCAUUCAAAAUGAAGACAGCGGCGAGUCGAAAUCCUGCUCAACAAUCACAAGUGGCGGAUGGAGAUCAUGAAAACACAGCCGAAAAUCGUUUUCAUAAGACAGUCCAAGAAAGCCUGAGGGCGCAGCUGCUGGAGCACAGGAUCGAAAACACUCCCUCAUCUCUUGGCACUGUGACAACUUCAGAACAAGGAGAGAGGAGUGAAGGAGCUUUGCCUUAUUUGCACAAACCAAAGCAGACUGCAAUGCAGGAGCAGCUGCAGGGGCAUGAGCAAGGACAAAUUCAGCUCUCCGUAUCCUUUUCGGAGGUCUCGAAGACUGGGCAAGCAGGGUUUUUCGGAGCCCUCCUGUACCUAGCGGAGCAAGAACACGUAUCGCCGUGUCAUGGUGGACCUGCGUCCGCGUAUUUCACACUGGCUGAAACGCUCAUACAUAGCGAAGCCCAGUAUGUUUCCUCAAAUAGCAAAAAUAACCGGAGAAAUAACCACGUUGAUGUCUCGACGACGUUGGGGAACAAAAUGUUCAACAGCAACUUCAAUACGUUUCCACACGACCAGAGGAUCAUACCACCAGGUAGUCUUUUUCACAUGAAUCAGAUGCCGCAGAGUCGCGAGUCAGUGCGGAACGCGACGAAAAACUUUGUCUUACUCGGGGAAGCACAAGUCCACAAUUGUCAGUCGAAUAUGACGGUUUAUCAUCAUUUGCGAUCAGACUGGAACUAUUUCGGUGUGCUCAGCCGUAUCGAGAGGCGUCGCGUUUUGCCUGUUCUAUUCGGAGACCUGAUGACCCAGUGGUACACACCGCCACCGCCUGCUGUGGAACAGACAGAGCGAAAAUACAGCGAUCUAAAGAGCUCGGUAGCGAAAGUGAACAACGAGGCGCACGAGUCACAGCCUGGAGGUGCAGCAUCAACAUCCGCGGUCACUUCGAGCACGGAGAGCGUCGUCGAGGAUGGACACUCCUGGCAAAGCUCUUGUUUCGGUUUAGCUGGAAGGCAAGAUGACAGCAGCCUCAAUGACCUGAUCCACAUUGCUGUCUCUGCAGAUGUCAAGCAGAUCGACGGCUUUAUUGUAGCUCUCAACUCGCUUGUCCGAAAAUCAGCGAAUAGUGAAAAAACGUGCGUGCAUGUCUUUCUGCGAGAGCAUGAGCUAGAGUUCAUUGCAAAAGGGUUGCAGUGCGCCUUCGGUGAACGUAUGGAGACUCGAGAGGCGCGAAGCGGAGGUCAUACACAUACAGACGCAAGAUCGCUAUCGCCUUUAGAAAAAGCACUACAAGUAGACAUCCAGACGAAGGGAGAAACGCGUCCUCUCACGGACGACUCGCCUCCUUCUACCUCUAGCACGAAUAAACAAGGAUACGCCAGCCUGGGCACUUUUUGGUUGUAUGAUCUCUUGCACACAAAAAGCGACUCGUCGAAGGUCUUACUGUCCGCAGCAAUGGGCGAAGAACAGGAAGACACAGAUGAAGACGGUGACGCAGUAGAUGACAAACAAGAAUAUACAGUUACAGAUAGCAGCUCUCUUUCGGAGGAUCGAAACUUUUUUAUGGAUAGGAUACAGGAGUUGCAAAUUUUAUGCUUAUGCUUUUUCCUCCGACCUUUUCGCUAUAUAAAUGAUGUUGAGCAGGCUUCGCUGUCAGAAUGCAUAGGAAGGACUAGAAGGCAACUUUUGGCUUCUCCAAGCUCUAAUCAAUUGCAGCAAACUGCUCACAGAGAGAAGGCGCCUUUGCCGGUCCUCCUGCAUCGUCUUGAUGAAGAAAUGGUUGGGGGAUUGUUGGGGCCUCAAGGCGGAGACCAAAAGAAAAGGUUUCGAGUCGGCGCGAGUGAUUUCGAUGUUAGCAAGGGCUUUCUCCGUGACACAGGAAACCUGUCGGCGCUUCAUAACUACGUGAGAUUUUUCUUAUGGAGCUGUUGAUGCAGUAGUUUCUGGUCUUUUUCAUUUUUCCAACCGUUGGUUGGGCAUUUGUCCUUUUCCUUAGUUGUGGUGCUCUUCAAUUUGUACUAGUAUUCUGCAGCCCUCUUCAAUUUGUACUAGUAUCUCGUCCUCUGCAGCCCUCUUCAAUUUGUACUAGUAUCUCGUCUCCAAAUGAUUCAUCUCUUCUUCUAAUACUCCUGCACCGGUUACUUCCGCGAUCGAUCCGGCAUGUGCUCUACUUUGACGUCGAUAUACUGAUAGGCAAGGACCCAAGGCAGUUGUGGGAAGAGUACAUGCCGACUCUCGAGAACUCUCGAGCAACUGUCUGCGCAGCGAUUCGUCCAAGUUCACCGCUCUUCAACUACUUGCCGUUAUGCUGAUGUCAAGAAUUCCGCAGAUAUUCAUAUACAGUUACAGCACUUGUAAUGGUAUUAAGAGUUCUACUUGUUACAGAAGUUGAAGUCUUAGAGAGAGAACGUGAACACUAACACGAGUUCCUUACGAGGGACUGAAGUCAUCAUCGUAGUACUAAUACUGGCUUACAAUGUGAUUGCAAAUCUCUAAGCCUUGGAGUUCUGUAUCCGCAUACGCCGGAGUGGGUACCUAUGAACAAUCCGGCUUUCAAUGCUGGCGUUCUGUUCCUUCAUCUAGACCGGUGGCGGGAGCGUCCUUUGAUUCAGGCUAAACUUGACGCGUGGGUUGCAAGCCGCGAUAACAGCGGGCCGGAGACACUCUGUUACGGAGUAGAUGCUGAGUAUUCACUCACAGUGGUCGUCAGGUUUUGGUCCAACCAUGUAAUCGAAAAAAUGGCUGUGGCACUGUCUUACAACACGACGAAGGCUUUCGAGGACGAAACAGUUUUAGUUUUUUCUUAUCCGCCAGUAUGAGUAUGUUAUAUCAGAAUCCGAGGUAUCAAUCUUCGAUGUUCGAAUGUUAUACUCAUCUAGACAUCACCCUCCUUUUCCAACUUACAUACCGUUUUUCAUACCCGGCGCCACGGUUCUCAGCCUUUGAUGCUGCUUUUGUUCCAUGACGAAGCGUGUAAGCUGCCGCACCGUUGGAAUGUGGAUGGGCUGGGACAUCGCCUAAACUAUCCGAAGCCCAUCCUGGAGGAUGGUGGUCUCUUUCACUGGACUGGCCCUCUCAAACCUUGGCUCGUGGACGGUGUGAAUCUUAUGAGAGUGUGAAUAAGGUAAAGUUCUGGAGGACAGGUUUACGUUCAGAAGUUUUGGUUUUCAGUGAUUCUUGAAUGUCUCAGAUGAAUCAGAAUGUGUCAGACAGAAAAUCAUUAUCAUAUCGUUCGUGAACGCAAAGAACAAGCGCAUUAUUAUGGCUUGUUUGGCUCCUGGUCCUGAUUUCGUCCGGAAUCCGUAUCGUGUUCGUGGUGAAGGCAGCUACUUAUCAGUUAUAACACAAUUAUACAGCAUGAUAUUCUUCGUAGACAUGUUGAUGUACGUGACACCGUCUAAAUGCCGCAGAUUAUGGGAGCCCUACACGGUGAAUUACUGUCCGAGGUAUUCUUUUCGCGUACAUACAACAACCUGUCGGCCCGAUUCGUGGUAUUGUUAGCGGUGCCGGAGCGAAGGCGAGCAAGGGAUACGGAUAUUAGUUGUGUCACACGUUCUUGCAUCUGCGUUGUCAUUUCACCGAUGUCGUCACUAGAAGUUCUACUUUUUCGUUUACUGCUAGAGUCUAAUAUCUUUCUUUCUUCUUAUAGGAAUAUGAAUAUGCCGCUUUGAGUUGUGUCUGAAUCGUUCAUUUACUUCUUGAACAGGAAAUUUUGUAUCUGUAGCUCAACUUUUCAUUUUCUGGGACCCUCGCCAAAGGGCAACAUGAAUGAUUGGUUUUUUAGGCUGUCUGUAUCACAACCCUGCUCUCUUCAGGGUAACUAAAAGACAGGAUUAUUCCAGAGCUAGCUACUUGCUUGAUUCUGAACCGGGAAUCUUCGAGGAAGACGUGCCUCCCGCGUCAAAUGUCUUUCGAC